AUGAGUACAUGGAUAUGUGUCAUUUUUGCUUGGUACAAUUGUGCCUGUAAAAAUAAGUAUCUUCCGCGAAAGCAAUCUGGCGUUGAACUGACAUCGCCUGUAAAGAAAGUAGCCUUAUAUUUUGGCGAAGGAGGAAUGGCACGCUCUCCGGGAGGUCUUGGAAGAAUUGUGGCAUUUCUGGAAGUACACGUGCACACCACUGGCUUUCCUGGUCUCUCAGUCAACGUUGGUGCUGAUAAGAACGCGUCCACUUACAAAAGCAAAAAAAUAACAGUUACAUAUAGAAGCAAACCUAAAUCACAUUCUAAAUCUAAAAAUGAUUUACUUGACAUUUCAGAGGACGACAAUGGCCCGCCUCGAUCGGAAAACCAAAAUUCGGGUAGUGGCUCUGUUUUCAGUAUUAAUCUACGUGGUCGUGUUAAUCAUCGUGAUUGCUGGAACGAUUCUCUUGGCCUUGGAAAACGCGAUAGGGGCCAUAAUCACCUUUACUUCAUUGGGCCUGUUGUCCUUCGGGCUGGUGGCGGCGCUGCAGUGGUUCCUGUCGUCCUGAGAGCAGCUCCGCGACCCCGCCUCCGCCCUACAGAGUCUCGUGGUGGUUCCAUUACCGGAGACGGUCAGCCUCGAAUGCGCGGAUUCAAAUGUUUGCCUUACACGAACGCAGCGCUCUCGAUCCGUCGACGCCCUCGAAUGUCUCUCUCUCUUCGGUGGGCGUGGACGUGAGGGAGGACGAGUCUGGUGGAGGGGUAAGGACGGCCGAUGGGCGCGUUUUCAUAUCUCUUCCAAAUAUUGACGACGAAGACCCGCCAUCUUAUGAGGAGGCAAUGAGGGCUUGUGCAGCAAGUAACUUAUGACGUCAUCGUGGUGGCGUCGUUGAGCUAUAUGAUUUCAUAAAAUUAUUUUCUGCUCGUUUGUGUUGUAAAUGUAAAGUUCACGAUAUAUUUAUGAUCUGUAUAUUUUCAUAGACUGUAUUGCAUAUCA